CAAUACAACCAAAACAGUAACUUCCGCGUCCAUUUUUGUUCUCCAAAGCUCAUAAUCCAAUUCAAUUAAAAUCAGAACAAAUUCUGCUGAAAUCGAAAGAAAAUGGAUAAGUACAGUAUAAUUAAAGUAUGUGCACUUCUUCUGAUCGUAUAUUGUUUAGCUUUUCCGGCGGCAGGAGACGAAGCUCGACGGAAUAAUGAAGAUCAAGGAGAAAUUAAGAGAUCGAGAGCGGCAGUUUUCUCAGAGAUGGUGAUGAAUAAGUUGAAUCCGUUCUCUGCAUCUUCUUCUCCGGUUGAUCGUGAUGCUUCUAGUGGUGGAACCAGUGUAACGUUCUGGGACAGAGUGAAGACCAUGAUUCACCGAGUUGAAUCGCACUUUCAUCCUCCAAAUCUCGAUUUCAGAGGCGGCGGCGAGGACGGCGGUGAGAAGGUAAAAGAGGCGGUGGCGGAGAGUUUGGGAAAGACGAAAGCAACGAUGGAAGACAGUGCGAAAUCCGCCGCCAAAUUAGCGACAGAAACGCUGCAUAAAGCGAAGGAUAAUCUGAAAACAAAGCUGUCUCAUCAUGCACCGGAAGAUUCCGAUCAGAAUGAACUUUGAUCGGUGUAUGUAUAUGUAUAAAUUUUGUAUUGCUAUACUGUAUAUGCAACUGUGUUUUGUACGGGAUUGAAUGCCUUCUCUAUUUCGAUUUCAUGACGGAAAAUAUAAAUAAAAUUGAUACCAAAACUAGGUAUUUCAAUUUAAA